UGAUAAUAAAGUUAACAUACUGAGUAUCAUUUCCACUAAGUAGACCUAGUGAUUUGCCCAAAGAUAGUGAACGUUUCAAAAAUAACGAUAUUCCACGAUGAUUUUUAAAUUAAGUGUAUUCAAAAUUGUAAUAUUAUUCAUUUUCUCAACUUAUGAGGUUAAUGGUGAAAAUGAUACAAUAAUAUCAAAAUCCACCCCAAAAAUGACUACAUCAGUAUCAGCAACAGAAAACAUAUUAGCGAGAAUGGAAGGUCGGAUAGUCAAUGGAGAAGCAGCAGAACUUGGACAAUUUCCUUAUAUGGUUUCAAUUCAAAAUCUUAUUGGCAAGGGACAUUUUUGUGGUGGUACUCUACUGACUGACAAAUGGGUUAUUACUGCAGCUCAUUGCUUACACAGGCAAGGUGCUGUAAAUAUACCACUUCAAGUCGUUGCUGGAGAAGUUAAUCUCAAGCUCUCAUAUUCUCGUCACAGACAGACACGUGAAGUUAAGAAAAAAAUUGUUAAUCCCAUGUAUGAUUACAAUAUGCUUGCUAAUGAUAUUGGAUUAUUAUUGUUAAAAAUACCAUUUAUGCAAACAAGCUACGUUUCACCAAUAUCUCUGCUCAGAACUGUUCCACAACCAGGAUCUCUAUGCACUACAUCUGGCUGGGGAUAUACUUCUGAAAAUGGCUCCAUUUCUGAUGUCUUGAUGUAUGUCAAGUUACCUAUAGUCGCACCUCGUGAGUGUCAAAAAUUGUUAGCAGGAAUUAUUUAUGUUUCUCCUGCUUUAAUAUGUGCUGGAUUUUUUCAUGGAGGCAAAGAUGCAUGUCAGGGUGACUCAGGUGGACCUCUAGUAUGUGAUAAUUCACUAGCUGGAAUAGUUUCGGGUGGUCGGGGAUGUGCUCGCCCAAGACUUCCAGGAUUUUACACAAGUAUUCCUGAGUAUAGAACUUGGGUAGAACAAGUAAUGGAUUCUGGAGGUGAUAAUGUAACAUAUCAUGGGGUAAAUAAGCAUCCUUCAUUAUCAAUAAAUUCCUUAAUGCCUGAUAGUUCAAGUUCACUUCAAGCAAGUAUUUAUUUUAUCUUUACUUAUUCGACACUUGUAAUUCUAUUUAUAAUUACGUGAAAUUUGUAAUGACAAAUAAACA